AUGCAGACAACGGUGGUGGAGCCUGUGGUGAUGGUGGUAAUGGUAAUGGUCAUGUCGGACACAGUCGCAGUUCUUUCAAUCUUUCCAUCCUUCAAUCAAUCGUUCAAGCACGCCAACAUGAAGGUUUUCGUCUGCUUGCUGGCGGUGUGCAGUAUGGCCCAUGCGGGAUUCCUGGGCGGCGGAGGCAGUGCCCUCAGCUCCGGCUGGUCCUCCGGCGGCGGUGGAGGAGGAUAUAGCGGCGGCUACGGCGGUGGCCAUGGAGGAGGUGGUGGCUACAGUGGUGGUGGCUACAGCGGCGGCGGUGGCUAUGGCGGCGGUGGCCACGGAGGCGGCGGCACGGUUAAGAUCAUCAAGGUGAUCACCGAUUCCGGAGCUGGCGGUGGCUACGGCGGAGGCCAUGGCGGAGGCUACGGUGGUGGCUAUGGAGGUGGCUACGGAGGUGGCUACGGAGGCGGCUCCUCCAGCGGUUACAGUGGCGGCCACGGCGGCGGCUGGUCAUCGGGUGGUGGAUACAGCGGCGGCGGCGGCGGUGGAUAUGGCGGUGGUGGCUACGGAAGCGGUGGCACCGUCAAGAUCAUCAAGGUCAUCUCCGACUCCGGAUCGAGCGGCGGCUAUGGCGGCGGAUACGGCGGUGGCCAUGGCGGCGGUUACUCCGGCGGUGGUGCCUCCAGCUACUCCUCCGGCGGUUGGGCUCCGCAGGGCGGUUGGGCACAGAGCAGCUGGUAAAUGCUCGCCAU